GGGGCGGCGGUGAUGAUGAUUCAAGUCAGAUUUCUCACAGGAACAGACACUUCACUGGAAGCAGAGGCACAUCGCAGUUGGCCAUUUUUGGGAGAAGAUACAACAUGUCCCGAGUGGCCAGCCUGUCCAAACUGCGGCAAGAGAGGAUGAGGGAGAUCAACCUGAGGAAUAAAGAGCGAGAGCGCAUGAGGGAGCGAGAGAAGGCGGCCCGCGAGAGGGAGGCCCGCUACAACAAUGGCCACCUUUUCACCUCCUUCACCACAGUGUCGGGAACCACGCUGUGCUCGGCGUGCAACAAGAGCAUCACGGCCAAGGAGGCGCUCUGCUGUCCCACAUGCAACGUGACCAUCCACAACCGCUGCAGAGACUCUUUGCCAAACUGCGCCAAAGUCAAACAGCGGCAGCAGAAGACAGCCCUAAUGCGCAAUAACUCGUCUUUGCAGAAUGUCACACUGCGCACGAGAAAUCCGGCGAUGCGCGAGCGUCCCACGUCGGCGAUCUACCCUUCCGAAAGCCUCCGGCAUUCCCUUCUCGGAUCUCGCCGAGGACGCUCCGGCCUCACGCUGUCUAAAAGUGUCUCCACUAACAAUAUAGCAGGGAACCUGAACGACGACUCUCCUCUGGGCCUGCGGCGGAUCCUGUCCCAGUCCACAGACUCCCUCAGCUUCAGGAACAGGACCAUGUCGGUGGAGUCCCUCAACGACGACGGGGACUACUACUACACUUCAAUUCUGGAGGAGAUGGAGCUGGAGGGCGAGGACUUCAAGGCGGACUCGUGGAGCAUGGCCGUGGACACGGAUUACCUGCACGCGCAUGGCAAAAACGUCAUCAAGAGGCAGGAUGUCAUUUAUGAGUUGAUCCAGACCGAGGUGCACCACAUGCGCACGCUGCGCAUCAUGGAGCGGGUGUUCCGGCAGGGCCUGCUGGAGGAGCUGCAGCUGGACCCGAGCACCCUGCACGCCCUGUUCCCCUGCCUGGACCAGCUGAUCUGCAUCCACUCGCACUUCCUGGUGCAGCUGCUGCUGCGCCGCAACGCCAGCCUGCAGCCCGAGUCCGGCUGCAACUUCACCAUACACCGCCUUGGCGACAUACUGCUGGAGCAGUUCUCCGGCCAGAGUGCGGACGACAUGCAGAAGACCUACGCCGAGUUCUGCAGUGGCCACAUGAAGGCGGUCAAGUUGUACAAGUCGCUGCUGGCCAGAGACAAGAGGUUCCAGUGCUUCAUUCGGCGUGUGAGUCGAGGACCCUGGCUGCGUUGCCAUGGCGUUCAGGAAUGCAUUUUGUUGGUGACUCAGCGCAUAUCCAAGUAUCCCGUCCUCAUUCAGCGUAUCCUGGACAACAGUGAAGACGAAGAAGAAGCGUCCUCCAUAGCCCAGGCUCUGUCGAUGGUCAGAGAUCUUCUCAAUUCUAUAGAUCAACAGAUGGAGGAGCUAGAGAAGACGCAGCGAAUGCAGGAGAUCCAGGCCAAGCUGGACCAGCGGGCCGAGACCCGGGUGAGGGACGGCGGACUUUUCCGGCCUGCCGAACUGCUCCGCCGCAGACUGGUUUAUGCGGGAACGCUGCUGUGGAAAACCCCCGGAUCCCGACUCAAAGAUGUGCAGGUCUUGCUGAUGACAGACAUCCUGGUGUUUCUUCAAGAGAAGGACCAGAGGUACAUCUUCCCAUGCCUGGACAAGCCUCCUGUGCUGUCCCUGCAGAACCUCAUCGUGAGAGACAUUGCCAACCAGGAGCGAGGCAUGUUCCUCAUCAGCGACUGCUCGCCACCGGAGAUGUACGAGGUGCACGCCGCCUCCAGGGAGGCCAAGAACGCGUGGAUACGGCAAAUCCAGCACACCGUCAGCAAGUGCGGGGAUAGAUUGGAUGUUGACCACCACACAUGGGUAAAUAGCAUACGAUGUUGGUUUAUUCGUCUUUGUUUGCUGUUUGUGCUCAGGUGUCCAUCACGUGAGGAGUUCCCCCUCAUAGAGACAGAGCACAAGGCUCAUCUGAGGAGACUCAAAGCGGACCUCCAGCAGAAAGACCGGGAAAUGCUGGAGCUCCUUCAGGAGCGGGUGACCCUGUUCUGCGAGCUGGCCCAGGUGACCAGUUGCCAGGAGGACCUGGAGCCCCCCGUCACGCGCUACCUGUUCAGGGCCAACACGCCCCAAGCGCCGCGGGCGGAGAAGUUCCUGCUGGAUGCCACGGCCGAGGUGGACCGACUGAACGAACUCCUGCUGGGCUCCAGCGUGGACGUCCCUCUCCUGUGCCAUCACAACCACAUGGACAUGAUGGACUCCAGUGAUCAGGAUUUUCUCAUCAAUGGAGCUCAAGAGCUGCCAGCGGCAAAGGAGGUCUGUCAGAGACUGAUGAAUCUUAGUGUCUACCUCCAUGCACUCCAGGCUGCCGUCAUCAAGCAAGACUCCAUCCUGGAGCUACUGCUGCAGCAGGAGGAUGCGGCGUCGCCGGCGUCGGCGGGUUCCUGGCGGCAGAACCGCGAGGCCGCCGCCGGCUCCACCAUCGGCGAGCUGGCCCUGCUGCAGCGGCAGCACAGCCUGCUGCAGGAGGAGCUGCUCAGGCUGCGCGACACCGAGACUCGCUUCAAGGACAGCGAGAAGGCCCGGGCCAAGCUGGAGAAGCAAGUUCGACACAUGAAGGUCUGCGGCGAGGGCUCGGCGUCGCAGGAGCGCGCCGAGCCGCCCGCUCAAGUAAGAAGAUUCUGCAAGAGAAGGCCUGAGCGCAGCUUCCCAGUGGGACAACCAGGUCGACCAAUCAAACGCUUCUCAGGGACGCAGCGACGAGGAGGUGAACAUGACGUCGGAUGAUGAUGACAACGAUGAAGAAGAAGAGGCAUCUGAAAGCUCCAGAGAUUUCCAAGAGAUUCCAGAGGAGAUCUGAGCUUCCGCUAACAAGCUAAGUGACCCUCACACACUACCAUAGAAAAGCCACGAUGCCGUCAUGUGGGAUCUUGAAUGAAUUACUUAUUUAGCUGCUUUGCUUUACCUCUUGAAGGCGCGUGUGUGUGUGUGUGUGUGUGUGUCAUUUGCAUAAUAUACUUACUGGAAAAAAAAAAAAAAUUCAAAUGACUAACACUACUACACGGAUUUGCUUCUGUUCAACAAGAAUUCUGAUCUUUUUGUGUUGUUAUUGGCUUAAAAUCCGAACUUAAUCACAUUAAUGUAACACCUUCAGGGGAAUUUUAAAGUAUUUAGUGCAGCGGUACCUCGACUGACAAGUGACUUGACUUACACGUUUUACGAGACGAGCCAUCAUGUGGCCGAUUUUUGAUUUGAUUAUUUUUUUUUGGGGGGGGGGGGAGUUACAACUCGCGCUCCACAGUCGCAGUGAACUUUUCUAGAAAACAAAACAAAGAAUUACAUGUGAAUUUAACUGAACCACAUUACUUUCAUACGAAAGUCUGCUAGCUUAAUGCUAACGCACAAUACAAAGCGCCAUAGGUGGGCUAGCAAAACUAGCGUCAAUGUCGGGGCGUUAUAACCCUUUAAGCAACGGUUUUCAAUCACAUAACAAUAUUCACAGGCGUAUAUUCUUUAUCCUCUAUUAAAAAGGACAAGUAUUACUGCAGCUCUCUGAGCAGUUGUGACCGUCUUCUUCAUGUUGUGUUGCAUGAUUCUACGCGCGUCGUCAUUCAGUGCACAAUAGAUUCCAAAAAUUCCGCUUUUCCUUUCAAGACAGUUUUGACAAUCUUCUUACUGAAAAGCGCUCUGAUUGUACUUUGCCAAUGCAUUUUCUGCUCUGCUGUCACACUUUUCCAUCGUUAAUAUUUGUUACAAGGCCCCGUUUCCGGAUACAAAACGAUGAACGAUUGUGAUAUGAUGAUGUUAAACUCAUACUGUAUUUGUAUACUGUAUAACCUGAAAGACUAUGCUAGCUUUUUGUCAUAUGGAUUGUAAACACAGAAGAAUGAAAUAAACUCGGAAACCGCUCUCAGUAUGACGCGGUGUAAUAUUCAUAUAUUGCUACAUUAAUAUGGAAUGUGUUGUUUCCUCAUCAAUAAAGUUUUCAUAUUACA